AUGACGCAGUUGUCUACUACAGUGAACCCGCGUCAACCUGGCACUCUUCCGAGCAAUACCAUCCAGAAUCCAAAGAAUGAUGGACAUUGUAUGGCAAUUACCACUCGAGGAGAAAGACAGCGUCGGCAGGAGAAGGAGGCUAGGAGGGCAUCGAUUGCAGAUGAAGAGUUGCGCCAGCAGAGGCUUCCUUAUAACUCAAUAUUCACAUGGGACCAAUUGGCGGAAGUGUUUAAAGCAAAGUACUAUCCGGUGUCUAAAAAGCUCAAUCACAAAGAUAGGGUCAACAAUUUUGUAGCAUUACCUGGGGAGUCUGUGAGCAGCUCGUGGGACAGAUUCACUGCAUUCGUAAGAAGUGUUCCAAAUCACCGUAUUGAUGAAGAGUCGCUGAAGGAAUAUUUCUAUAGAGGACAGGAUGACAACAAUAAAGCCGUUCUUGACACUAUUGCUGGAGUGUCAAUAAAGCAUCUAGAGCAACAAAUGACGCAGUUGUCUACUACAGUGAACCCGCGUCAACCUGGCACUCUUCCGAGCAAUACCAUCCAGAAUCCAAAGAAUGAUGGACAUUGUAUGGCAAUUACCACUCGAGGAGGUAAACAAACCAUAGAUCCACCUAUGCCGUCUAUGGUGGAAGUUGAGAACAGAAAAGAAGAUGAUGUGGUGAAAGUUAGAGAGGAGUCAGAGGUUGUGACAGAACAAGAAGUGGAGAUACCUCAGAAAGUGAUUGUGGAGGCACCGAAAUUAGAGCUCAAAGUUCUACCAUCACACUUGAGGUAUGUAUAUUUAGGCGAAGAGAAUACUUUGCCGGUCAUCAUUGCAGCAGAUUUAAAUGCAAGGCAAGUUGAGUGUUUGGUGACUGUAUUAAAGAAGUUCAAGCGAGCGAUUGGGUGGACUAUUGCAGAUAUUAUUGGGAUCCCCCCCGGUAUCUGUUCUCACAAAAUCCAACUCAUACCAGAUCAUAAGCCCAGUGUUGAGCACCAGAGAAGAUUAAAUCCGCCUAUGCAAGAGGUAGUCAAAAAGGAGAUCAUCAAGUGGCUGGAUGCGGGAGUUAUUUAUCCCAUCUCAGAUAGUAAUUGGGUAUGUCCUGUGCAGUGUGUACCAAAGAAAGGUGGUAUGACUGUGGUUCCAAAUGAACGAAAUGAACUUGUUCCAAUGCGGCCUGUCACGGGAUGGAGAGUUUGCAUGGACUAUCGGAAGCUAAAUGCGUGGACAGAAAAAGAUCACUUUCCUAUGCCAUUCAUGGACCAGAUGUUAGAUAGGCUUGCAGGAAAGGGUUGGUAUUGCUUUCUUGAUGGAUAUUCGGGCUACAAUCAAAUCUCUAUAGCUCCGGAAGACCAAGAGAAGACCACCUUCACUUGCCCAUAUGGGACUUUUGCUUUCAAGCGGAUGCCAUUCGGAUUGUGCAAUGCUCCAGCGACCUUCCAGAGAUGUAUGAUGUCGAUAUUUUCUGAUAUGGUGGAGGACACUAUUGAGGUGUUCAUGGAUGAUUUUUCAGUUGUAGGUGAUUCAUUUGAUCACUGUCUAAAACAUUUGGCCGAGAAAGGUAUUGAGGUUGAUAGAGCUAAAGUCGAGGUAAUAGAAAAGCUUCCACCACCUAUCUCUGUAAAAGGUGUUAGAAGUUUUCUUGGGCAUGCAGGUUUUUAUAGAAGAUUCAUCAAAGAUUUCUCCAAAAUUGCACAUCCCUUGUGCAAACUGCUCGAGAAGGAGAAUAAGUUCUGCUUUGAUGAUGCUUGUCUUAGAGCAUUUGGAGAAUUGAAGGAAAAGUUGGUUACAGCACCUAUCAUUAUUUCACCAGAUUGGGAACAACCGUUUGAGGUAAUGUGUGAUGCGAGUGGAGUGGCGCUUGGUGUAGUAUUGGGUCAAAGGCGUGAGAAAAUUCUUCAUCCUAUUUACUAUGCUAGCAAAGCUCUGAAUGUGGCCCAGAAGAAUUAUACAGUGACCGAACAAGAACUUCUUGCAGUGGUUUUUGCAUUCGAAAAAUUUCGUUCCUACUUGCUUGGUACUAAGGUCAUCGUGCAUACUGACCAUUCUGCAUUGAGGUAUUUGAUGGCGAAAAAAGAUGCAAAACCACGAUUGAUCAGAUGGGUAUUGUUGCUGCAAGAGUUUGAUUUUGUGGUAAAAGAUAGAAAGGGAACCGAAAAUCAAGUUGCCGACCACUUGUCCAGAUUAGAGGAAGAGGCCAUGCUAAAGCUUGGAGAUAGGGCUGAAAUUAAUGAUGCGUUUCCAGAUGAACAGGUAUUGGCCGCUUCUAAUGAUUUGAUUCCUUGGUUCGCAGACUUUGCUAAUUAUUUGGCAAGCGACAUUGUGCCACCCGAUUUGUCUUUUCACCAAAGAAAGAAAUUUAUGCAUGAUGUGAAGAAAUUCUUUUGGGAUGAACCUUAUUUGUAUCGUAGUUGUGCUGAUGGGAUUAUUCGUCGCUGUGUGCCUGAGGUUGAAAUGCUAAGUUCUUGUGAUCGGUGCCAAAGAGAUGGAGGGAUUUCAAAGAGGCAAGAGCUCCCUAUGAAUCCCAUAUUGGUGAUCGAAUUGUUUGAUGUAUGGGGCAUUGAUUUCAUGGGCCCAUUUGUGAGUUCAUAUGGGAUGAAGUAUAUUCUGGUCGCGGUUGAUUAUGUAUCGAAGUGGGUGGAAGCAGUAGCACUUCCCAACAACGAAGGUAAAAGUGUCACCGCAUUCUUGAAAAAGAAUAUCUUCUCCAGAUUUGGUACACCCAGGGCUGUUAUUAGCGAUGGAGGCUCUCACUUUUGUAACAAGUUGUUUAAAACACUACUUGAGAAAUAUGGUGUCCGUCAUAAUGUAGCCACUCCUUAUCAUCCACAGACUAGCGGUCGUGAGGUGUCCAACAGAGAAAUAAAGCAGAUAUUGGCGAAGACUGUGAACGCCAAUCGAACUGAUUGGUCAAGAAAGCUUGAUGAUGCUCUAUGGGCAUAUCGCACUGCAUACAAGACCCCCAUAGGUAUGUCGCCUUACCAACUUGUAUAUGGGAAGUCUUGUCAUUUACCAGUAGAGUUAGAGCACAAAGCUAUGUGGGCAAUGAAGAAGUUAAAUCUGGACUGGGGCACUGCAUCUAAUCAAAGGUUGAACGACCUGAACGUGCUUGAUGAGUUUCGCCUAAAAGCUUAUGAGAGUUCGGCCUUAUACAAAGAGAAGAUGAAGAAGUAUCAUGAUCAAAGAAUUGAAAAGCGAGAAUUUGUGGUUGGCGAUCGUGUGCUGCUAUUCAACUCCAGGUUGCGCUUGUUUCCAGGCAAGCUCAAGUCCAAGUGGACUGGGCCAUUUUUGCUCACAAAAGUGCUCUCACAUGGAGCGGUUGAGCUUGAAAAUAAGGAUGGAAAAAGGUUCUUGGUGAACGGGCAAAGGAUAAGUACCAUGGCACCCAAGAAGAUGGUCACCUACUCGAAACGGGGCAAGUCCAAAUCGGUUGCCCCUAGUUUCCGGUUGAUUGAUGAGGACACCGAGAACGACGAGGACCCUACAUACGUGCCCCUCAACCCACGGGCUUCUCGCGCUGCACCCAGAAGCAUCCCCCGGAAGGGACCUAUGUCCGGAUCCGCGUCUGCUUCUGGUUCUGCUUCAGGCUCCCAGUCUGCCCACUCUUCACAAUCAGAGUCUAUCCAUGCUACAGGAUCCAACGCCAAAUCAUCCACAGGGUCUGGGCAGGAUGACCAAGCAGCCUCGUCUGAUGAGGCAACUAGCUCAGAGGCCAUUCCUGCACCAAGGAAUGAUGAACCCGCCCCGAUAGCAGGGGAGCUGAAUAGGUGGUGUGUAGAGGGUCAAUGGCAAAUCUAUCGGGAUGCAAAGAUGGUAAAUGAAAAACAAAAGAUGGCCCGAUUAAUUCAAGAGGAGCGCAGAGUCCUCACGGGGAGCUUGCAUACUGUUCCAGAUAUUCACCGACUUUUCAAACUUCACAAGUCCACUCUCCGCGGGUCCAUUUCCAAGCGGUCAAAGCCGUUAGCUCAGGCUCCGCUCACUUCCACCAUGGUUCGAGGGUCUCCGGUGGACAUAUCACCUGCCACCAUUAGCCGUUUUCUCUAUGGUCCUACCACGGGCCACGCCUGGUCGCCUAACACUUCAGAGUUUGAUUACCGCUGGAACAUCGUGCGGAGUGGUGCCUUCCAGAGGAAUGCUGACCAGCGAGAGGCUGUGAUACUAUGGCUGGCCCGGUACAUUGCUGCAGAUGGCGAGCGCGCGGAAUGGGUCGCUGCUCCACGGUUGGGCAUCCGGAAGGCCACACUGAACUUCGUUGCAAAAUUCUUCUGGCUGUUGGUACGCAACAGAGUGUCGCCCACAAAAGCUGACAAUCAGGUCACUUGGGACAGAGCGGUGAUGGUUGCUGCAUUGGUUGCGGGAGUGGAGAUCGACUUUGCCCGAAUGUUACUGGCAGAGAUCCACGAGAGAGCUUUCAGGACCUCCACCACUUACCCUUUCCCCUCACCUCGCAGAGAGCCCCAGAUUGAAGUACCCCCCUUGAGCUCCGACCUUGCAGACACUGUGGGGCAGGCACAGGGAGGUGACCCCAUUAUCCCAGACCACACCGACACUGUCCCAGGCUCCUCGUCUCAGGCAGCUAGUGUUGCUCCUAGUUCUUCCCGAUCCACACCACCGUUAGGAGCGACGGUUGUCCCGAUGGCCAGAGUACAAAAGAUGGAGGGGAUGAUGGACCGUAAGGUCCUGGCGAUAAAUAAGCGGCUUGACGCCUUUGAGUUGCGAGUUCUCGAGCGAGCAGUUCCGGCCACAGACUUAUCUGCUUUGCAGGCUGACAUAGCCAGCCUCCGGACUGAUGUUGAUGCCAUUCUUGCUGCGCCUUCAGUUGAGACUCAAGCUGCCCCUACUGCGCUGGGGCCUGCACCGACACAUGCAAAGGGGAAGCGGCACCGUUCUCAUCGCACGGAGGAAGAGAAAGCUCAGAAAAGACAGCGUCGACAGGAGAAGGAGGCUAGGAGGGCAUCGAUUGCAGAUGAGGAGUUGCGCCAGCAGAGGGUGCGUGAGAGAGCUGCAGGGGCAUCGAGCUCUGCCCCAGUUACAGAGGUUCAGCCUAUUUUGAGGGGCGUUGUGCGCACCUCGGAUGGUGCGGAGCAGUUGAUAGCGAGCACUACUGAGAGUGCUAGGAUUGUUGAGGAGGGCUCUGCUGAGGGUGCUCCCGCUGAUGUUCCAGAGGGCUCCGGGAAACCGGACCCCCCUGCAGCCCUUCUUCUGGCUCUGGGUAGAGAGAAGACAACACUUGGUCCAUUUGGGACUCUUGUAGCUGAAUGA